CAAAAAAAAAAAAAAAUCAAAUAUGUGCAAAGUUUCCAAUCCAAACCAAACUGGUGAAUCUCAUAGUUCUGAAAGGUCAAACUAAGAGUGAGUGAGAAGAGUGCAACAACAACAAGCUUUGAUUUCACACUCUCACUCUUCAAACAGAGAGACAAAGUACACAAUCUUUCUUUCACCAAAUUCACCGAUCGAAAAGGUUUUGUAGAAGAAUUGGUUCAAUGUCUUGGGCUGCACCUGAUGAGCUUUUACUCUCUACUUCUCUUGCUACAUAUCUUGACAAAAAACUUCUUGUCCUGUUGCGAGAUGGGCGGAAACUUUUGGGUUUAUUACGCUCAUUUGAUCAAUUUGCUAAUGUCGUUCUAGAAGGUGCGUGUGAACGAGUGAUUGUCGGUGAUCUUUAUUGUGAUGUCCCUUUAGGCCUUUAUGUAAUUCGUGGGGAGAAUGUUGUCUUAAUUGGAGAGCUGGACUUGGGAAAGGAGGAGCUUCCACCACAUAUGACAUGUGUGUCAGAGGCUGACAUAAGAAAGGCUCAAAAAGCAGAACGCGAUGCUAGUGAUCUGAAGGGAACUAUGAGGAAAAGGAUGGAAUUCCUUGAUUUUGACUAAAAUUUCCUACCAUCUUAACAAUCAAGCUGGUGGUCCUAUCUGCAAAUUUUAAUGCAGCUGCCGGACUCAAGUUGGAUAACAAUGAGUGGGAAGAAUAAGUAAUAUGGUCGAUGUGCGUUUCUCUCUUCUUUACAAACUAGUAAGACUCGAGACAGAAUACUUCACAGCUAGUAAUUGGUUUUUUUUGUACCAUAGGUCAAUAUGGAAAUUGAUGUUUUGGCUUCACUAAACAACAACCAAUAUAGUCAUUAUGAUUCAUGCCCUCAAAUUGUUGUUAUUGCAUUUGGAGGCAUGAUGUUAUCGAGCUCUUAAAUUAUAUUUGGUAUUCGAUAAUCAGACGCAGUGAAGGUGAAAAAUUUCUUAAUGGUUUCGAUAUUAAUGUGUGAUUAGAUCA